AUGGAUUUUGAUCCUCCGACAUUGGAAGAGCCGAUGCGUUCUCUAAUGCCGGUACAAAUCCAGCAGCAAAACUCACCUCCCAAACCAAAAAGACCUCCGAAUGCGUACAAUUUGUACUAUAUUGAAAUGCAACCUAAAGCAAAAGCCGAACACCCGCUUUUAGGAGGUAACGAAGUAUCAAAAUUGAUAGGUCAACAGUGGGGUGCGAUGACAGAAGAGCAAAAACGACCUUAUAUUGAAAAAGCUAAUGAAAUUCGAGAACAGUUUCGUCGAGAAAAUCCAAAUUGGCACUACGAAAAGAAUUCUGAAAAACAGCCAUCCAAAAGAAAUAAGAAAAUGGCAAUGACAAACAUGUAUUACGAUUUUCAUGAAGUCAAUCAACAGCAACAGUUCGAAAAUGAAGCAACCAAUAACCUGUUUCUCAUAGGAGCCACUGCUCUUGCCCAGUAUAUAUUAAGUCGAAAAGAUUUACAAGAUGAUGUUGCUAAUUUCAUCAAAAAUCAAAAAGGAGAUGCCAACAUAUCCUUUGAGUUAGAUCAGCACUUUUUACUUACUCAAUAA